UUCCUUGUAAACUCUCUCUGCUCCGUCCUCCGCACGCUACUCUCCUCUUACCUCAUUUCUUCCGCUUCUCUCUUCUUAACAAAACAUAAAUGGCAACUUUUAUUGCGGUGGCGGAGAAUGGCAAUGCGGAGGAGCCACCGGAGUCGGCGUUGAUAUUCCUCGGCACCGGUUGUUCGAGUGCAGUGCCAAACGCUUUUUGCUUGAUUCAACCCUCUGAUCCCCCUUGCCCUGUUUGUUCUCAAGCAUUGUCUAUACGACCUGAAAUAAACCCGAAUUACAGGUGCAAUACGUCUCUUCUUAUUGAUUACUGUCAAAAGGAUGGUGAGCACAAAUAUAUAUUGAUUGAUGUUGGGAAGACAUUUAGGGAACAAGUAUUACGGUGGUUUACUUUACACAAAGUCCCACGGAUGGAUUCUAUUAUUUUGUCUCAUGAACAUGCUGAUGCGGUUCUUGGAUUGGAUGAUGUUCGUGCUGUGCAGCCAUACAGCGCGAAAAAUGACAUUGAUCCUACUCCCAUCUACCUAUCUCAACAUUCAAUGCACAGCAUUGCCCAAAAAUUCCCAUAUUUGGUUAAUAAGAAACUUAAGCCUGGCCAGGAGAUUAGACGUGUAGCACAGUUUGACUGGAAGAUUAUUGAGGAGGACUGUGAGAAGCCAUUUGUUGCAUCAGGACUAAAAAUUAUACCUUUGCCGGUGAUGCAUGGCGAAGACUAUGUAUGUUUAGGUUUCCUUUUUGGUGGAAAAAAUAGAGUAGCUUAUCUAUCUGAUGUUUCACGCAUUUUGCCAACCACAGAGCAUUACAUCUCCAAGGAUAGUGGUGGACAGCUGGACCUCCUCAUUGUGGAUGCACUUUAUAAGAAGGGCUCCCAUAAUGUUCACUUUUGCUUACCUCAGACUCUCGAUGUGGUGAAAAGACUAUGUCCCAAGAGAGCUUUGUUAAUUGGAAUGACCCAUGAGUUUGAUCACUACAAAGACAAUGAAUUUCUUAGUGAAUGGUCUAAAAGGGAAGGUAUACACGUCCAGCUUGCACAUGAUGGAUUAAAAGUCCGAGUUGACCUGUAAUGAGAUAUAACUACGAUAAACUUGCUGGGGGACAUAAUGCUCUACCAAAGAAUUCAUCUGUAAUGUCUUAUCUGGCACUAGAUCAUAACCACGCUGGUGAAUCAAGUUUCAGUCAAUAGAGAUGAAGAUGUACAAUAAUGAUAUGUGAGAACAAUGGGGAACCAUAGUUAUUGUAAAAGAAUAUAGGCUAUUAUGUUUGUUCAUAUGAGUUCUAUGCUUCUUGUUCAUUUAUGACUGCGUCUAAUAUAGACCUGUGUAGCCAAUAGAAUAAUAAUGGACUGCAGGCUGCUACCAGCUUAAACACCAGCACACUUUCAUAUGGAUUUGCUGUUUUUGUAUCAACGCAAAAUCUAGGUUUCUCGAAUUUAUUUGGUGAA